AUGGCCACGUUGCGCAUGCGCAAUAAAGCCCCGCAGCUGGUCCAAUCAAUUUAUUUAACAGAAGGGGGGAAAAAAAAGAAGUACCAAAGGCAGGGUUACAAGAUGGCGACCGCCUGCAUGGCGAUACCCUCCAUCACCCCAAAGUCUGAGAAGGAAGAGAGCAAGAAAAGUGUUCAAGGUUUGGUCGGGAAUCCAGAACUGUACAUCAAGCAUCCGUUGCAGAACAGGUGGGCCCUUUGGUUUUUCAAGAACGACAAGAGCAAGUCAUGGCAAGCCAAUCUCCGCCUCAUCUCAAAGUUUGACACGGUGGAAGACUUCUGGGGGUUGUAUAAUCAUAUCCAGCUGUCCAGUAACUUGAUGUCUGGCUGUGACUAUUCACUCUUUAAGGAUGGGAUUGAGCCCAUGUGGGAGGACAGACGCAACCGGCGAGGAGGCCGCUGGCUCAUCACGCUGUCCAAGCAGCAGCGCAAGGCCGACCUGGACCGGUUCUGGUUGGAGACGCAGCUCCUUUGUCUCGUGGGGGAAGCGUUUGACGACCACAGCGACGACGUAUGCGGCGCCGUCAUCAAUGUACGAGCCAAGGGGGACAAGAUUGCUAUCUGGACCACAGACUACGAAAACAAAGAGGCCAUCACGCACAUAGGGCGCGUCUACAAAGAGCGGCUCGGCGUCCCUUCCAAAGUGGUCAUCGGCUACCAGUCACACGCCGACACCGCCACAAAGAGCGGAUCUACCACCAAAAACAAAUUUGUCGCCUGAUUUCAACGUUUGAUUUGUCUGGCCACCUUUUUUUUUUUUUCUAUCACUGUUGACUAACAAGAUUGUGGACACCCGA